AGUUUCAAAACAGACCGACUGCUUGGCACUGGGGAGCCAGCCAGCCACCAUACCGAGCUGGAAAAACAGGGAAAAGCCCCCCCCCCCAAGAAAACCCCUCUGGGACAAAAAAAAGGCUACCCGUCCAGGAGCUGGAGACCCAUCGUCCCCCAAAUCCCUCCAAAGAUGAAGGCUCUUUUCUAUCCUCUGGAGCUGGCAUGACUUCCCUGUGGCUCUUAUUUAAAAGCCAGAAUUACAGCUGAUCUCGCUCGUGGAGCGCCCUGGUCUCGCUGUCACCGAAAAAAAGUGCAGAGGAUCUGGCUCCCCACCGGUGUUGGUUCCUGCGACCCAGCCGGAGGCUUCGGUUCUCACGUCUCUUCGGGGGAAGCCCUUUGACAGCAGCUGCACCGGCUGGCUUCCCUUUGCACCAUGAACCGAACUUUACUCCUGCUUCUGCUGACCGUCUCCGGUGUGGCCGCUGGAGUACUGGACCCCCAACAGAGCAUCACGGCGGUGCUGGGCAAAGACGUGGCUCUCCCUUGCUUCUAUCAGCCCACCGACGGGGAGACGGUGCUCCAGGUCACGUGGCUGAAGCGUCAGGACGACGGCCAGGGAGUGGAGCUGGCGGUCCUGCACAAGGACCACGGAAUCCACGUCCAGGAUGCCUACGCCGGGCGAGUGCUGUGGCAGUCCAAAGAAUCCUUGAACACCAACAGCGCCAUCGUGUUGAAGAACGCCGUGCAGGCGGACGAAGGGUCCUACGAAUGCCACAUCAACACCUUCCCGCUGGGCAGUUUUGAAUCCAGCAUCACCCUCAAAGUCUUAGUGCCUCCCUUGCCGACCCUAAACCUCGGCCCGCCUCUGGAAGAAGGACAGGGCCGCACGCUGGCCGCUUCCUGCACGGCAGAAGGGAACCCCAUCCCCAUCGUGACCUGGGAGACGGAGGUGCACGGGACGGCCCAGGCCCGGGAAUCCUCGCACCCCCGCUCAGCUUCGGUCACCAGCGAGUUCUACGUGGUGCCCGGGCGGAGCAUGCACGGAAAGGCCUUGACCUGUGUCGUCUCGCACCCGGGGCUGCAGCACAAGAAGAGGAUCACGCACACACUCAACGUGGCAUAUUUGUCCGACGCCUCCAUCCUGGGCCACGAGGCGGAGGACGACUGGACGGAAGGAAAGGAAGGCGCCUCUCUGAAGUGCCUGGGUGAUGGAAACCCUCUGCCGAGCUACAACUGGAGCCGGCUCAAUGAACCCCUCCCGAGCGGGGUGAAGAUCAAGGGGGACACCCUUCUCUUCCAGAAAGCCCUCAGCCCUGAGGAUGGAGGCACCUACGUUUGCCAAGUCAACAACAGCUUCGCCACCAAGGAGGUCAAAGCCACCGUCAGCAUCACAGGGAAACCGUCCACGCAGGUGGACGUGGUCUCCAUCUCCAUGAUCGGGGCUGGCUUGAUUUCCGUGGUGUUGGUGGGAUUGCUCAUCCUCGUGGUCACCCUCAUGACGUGCUACCACAGGCGGAAAACCAAGCGCAUCACCGAGAAAUAUGAAGAAGAAUUGACCUUGACCCGGGAAAAUUCGAUUCGUCGGUUGCAUUCAAGCCACAGCACCGACACCCGGAACCAGACUGAAGAAAACCUCCCCCUGAGGUUGGAGAGCCGGCAGGGCAGUUAUCGUGGCGAUAGCCUGUGCCGGGACAGCCUGCGGGCGGACAGUCUGUGCCGGGACAGCCGGCAGGGUAGCUUUCGGGCCGACAGCCUCCGGGAAACCAGCCUCUGCUCCGUCCUGGGCGAGGACGCCGAGGGGCGCAGCUACUCCACCUUGUCGACGGUACGGGAGAUCGAGACCCAGACAGAGCUGCCCCCACCGCCCCCGACUCCCGUCCCGGAGAACCCGGAGGAGAAAGACAAAGAUGAGGAAGAGGAACAGCGGAACGGCGAGAACACCAUCAAGCAAGCCAUGACCCAUUUUGUCCAAGAGAACGGCACGCUCCGGGCGAAGCCCACCACCAACGGCAUUUACAUCAAUGGCCGGGGACACCUGGUGUGAGGCCGGAUCUGGGCCUGCCUUCUCCCUCCCGGAAGUCUGCAAAGCACUGAACCUUCUUCCUGAUCGUUAGUGCUUCUCCUUGGUCGGGAACACGAGACCCUUGAGAUCGAGGCAGCCUCCUUCUGAGCCACCUGCCCGCCUUGGUUUAUAGGCCGAAACGCCCCUUUCGCCUUUGGGGAGGGAAAAAAACAAAACCACAAAUCCUGUCCACCCUUCGUCCAGCGCAAGAAAAAUCCUGCUUGUCCUUCAAAGGUUUCUGGGUACCAAGAAGGGUUCCACCAACAGCUCGGAAGCCAGGGGAAAACUUCUCUUUUGAUUUUGGUGUGGGAUCCUUAUAAUACCUGUGAUUUGGGGAGGGGGGCACAGAGGUUUUUAAAAGUGCAUCGUUUGAGGCCGCAAAGGGUCCAGGAGAACAUCGACGGGUGUCGGGAGACCUGAACUCCCCGCCUUUGGCUCAGGGACAGACCCAUCCAAUUCUUUUGUCCUUUUUUUUUAAUGCUUGUUAUUGUUAUUUUAUUAUGAGUUAAAUAAUUACAGUUUGUAGCUCAACCGUGGCUAUGGAGAAAAGCUCCCGGAAGCUUCAUAAGAGGCCAACAGGCAAAUGAAAGGGAAAAAAAAGAUGGGUUAAUUUUUUUUAAGAAAACAAGCCCCAAAAAAUGACUAUUAUUGACUUUAAAGGAAAAUCUUGUGUCCGAGAGACCUGAUCUUGUGUGUUUUAAGGAGGCAGGAACGACGGGCCGCUGUCGAGAGAACCCUUCUCAGAGCUACGGCUUGGUGGAGAUGAUUCCCCACCCAGCUGGGCUGCUCUCGGGAAACCUUCUGCAAGGUCCGCAGGUUGGCCCCGACUUCCCGUCCUUGGUGGAUUUCCACCCGGACCACCCGCCUCGAGGCACAGAUUUUUGCACGCCUUCUAGGGAAACGGUCCAACAACGCGUUUUGAUCCCUGAAAGGUGUCGGCAGCUAUGGAGUUGGCCCGCCACGGUCCGCCUCGUGGUCGGUCCGACAAAUAAAUGGGCCUCCCGGAUGGGUCUCUGGAGGGUUGGUUGU